GAGAAACGGCAGAGGAGGAACCAGGGAAGAAAGAAGGCGGCCGGGGACUGCCGGGCGGAGAAGCGGAGCGGAGCGACCCCCAUGGCCGCCGAGGAAGUCACCGGGGGCGCGCGGAAGGCCACUAAAAGCAAACUUUUCGAGUUUCUAGUCCAUGGGGUGCGUCCUGGGAUGCCCUCCGGUGCUCGCAUGCCCCACCAGGGGGCCCCUAUGGGUCCCCCGGGGCCACCGUACGUCGGAAGCCCCUCGGUGCGGCCCGGGAUGCCGCAGGCGGUGAUGGAGCCCACGCGCAAGAGGGCGGCCCCCCAGCCGCAGCCGCCACCGCAGGCACAGACGCAGACGCAGCAACAGCAGCCACAGCAGUCGCAGCAGCAGCAGACCCAGGCCCAGGGAGCUGCCCCACAGAACCGCUCCCGGAGUGCCAAGAGGAGGAAGAUGGCAGACAAGAUCCUCCCUCAAAGGAUCCGAGAGCUGGUGCCGGAGUCUCAGGCCUACAUGGACCUGUUGGCCUUCGAGCGGAAGCUGGACCAGACCAUCAUGCGGAAGCGGGUGGACAUCCAGGAGGCCCUGAAGAGGCCCAUGAAGCAAAAGCGGAAGCUGCGCCUCUACAUCUCCAACACCUUCAACCCGGCCAAGUCAGACGCCGAGGACUCGGACGGCAGCAUCGCCUCCUGGGAGCUGCGGGUGGAGGGGAAGCUGCUGGACGACCUGAGCAAACAGAAGCGGAAGUUCUCCUCCUUCUUCAAGAGUUUGGUCAUUGAGCUGGACAAGGACCUCUACGGACCAGACAAUCACCUGGUGGAGUGGCACCGGACUCCCACCACCCAGGAGACGGACGGCUUCCAGGUGAAGAGGCCGGGAGACGUCAGCGUGCGCUGCACCCUGCUGCUCAUGCUGGAUUACCAGUACGAGGAAGCCCUGAGCAGAUCCAGGAAAGCCACCGCGAGGAAGGCCGGGAGCGAGUGCCGACGGGCCGUUGGGGCUGAGGGGUCCCGGGGUCCCCGUUGGGAAGACCGGCGAGAGCGGCUGGCCCUGCUGGAUGGGCCGGCCGGAGGGGGGCCCGUUGCCCCAAAGCCCUCCGGCCUCCUGGAGUUCAAGGAGACCCUCAGUUGCCCAAGGGGACCCUUGGGGUCGGCUCUCUGUCCGCAGCCUCCCCAGUUCAAGCUGGACCCUCGCCUGGCCCGCCUGCUGGGCAUCCACACCCAGACCCGCUCGGCUAUCAUCCAGGCCCUCUGGCAGUACAUCAAGACCAACAAGCUGCAGGACUCCCACGACAAGGAGUACAUCAACUGCGACAAGUACUUCCAGCAGAUCUUUGACUGCUCCCGGCUCAAGUUCUCCGAGAUCCCGCAGCGGCUGACCAACUUGCUGCUGCCCCCGGAUCCCAUCGUGAUCAACCACAUCAUCAGCGUGGACCCCAACGACCAGAAGAAGACGGCCUGCUACGACAUUGACGUGGAGGUGGAAGACCCCCUGAAAGGGCAGAUGAGCAGUUUCCUGCUCUCCACCGCCAACCAGCAGGAGAUCACCGCCCUGGACAACAAGAUCCACGAGACCAUCGAGUCCAUCAACCAGCUAAAGAUACAGCGGGACUUCAUGCUGAGCUUCUCCAAAGACCCCAAGGGCUACAUCCAGGACCUCCUCCGCUCCCAGAGCAGGGACCUCAAGGUCAUGACCGAUGUGGUGGGGAACCCGGAAGAGGAGCGGAGGGCCGACUUCUACCAGCAGCCGUGGUCCCAGGAGGCCGUGAGCAGAUACUUCUACUGCAAGAUCCAGCAACGCCGGCAAGAGUUGGAACAGUCUCUGGGGGUCCGCAACACAUAAAGGUCUCCUGGCCCAGGUUCCCCCCACAUUCCCUGUCUCCCCGCCCCCCAUUCCAUCAAGCAUGGACUUUUCUGUGUUCCAUCACCUGACCCUCCCGCAGAGAACGGACCGGCUCCAGGACCCGCCUGGGAGUCCC